AUAAAAAUGGCACAAUUGUAUUCUCUAAAUGAUUCGAUUGACGGCUUUUUCAAUAACCACACCUCUGUAACACGCCAGCAAUGUGAUGACUUUGUCGCGGCCCAUUUCCAAACGCCCGCGGAGCCGGUCCCGAUACAAGGCUUCUGGAGCUAUACACUCAUGGCAGGCGAUGAUAAUGCCACCAUUAUACAGUUUAGAUCAGAGUCUUCUCCACUUGAAGAAGAAAAUCUGCAGCUUAUAAAGGAGGCGGCUACUGGGUUUGUGCCGGACGUGGUCUGUCUUGGAACAAUUGGUCAACACCGCCCUCUACACAUUUACAAGAUGAACAAGCUCCCCGGUUCACCGUAUGUACUAGCAGUCGAUCUGUCUAUCAAACCACCAGAAUGCGCUGCGCAAAGACAGGAAAACACCAUACGGGACUUUGCAAAGUUCUUUGCGCAGUCGUGGAACUACAACCCGCCAACUUUGCCAAAUCGCGCAGCCUUGUCUCAAGAAUAUGAACCCAAGAUCCGACGUUUGAUGGAAUCACUUCCAGAGCAGUUCUUCCCAUCGCUAUUCUCUGUUAUACCUCGCUUUCGGACAAUAUUCUCCGACUUACCACUUGUGGUCACGCACGGGGAUUUAUGCGGGUUAAAUAUCCUCAUUAACGAGACAUCGGGGCAUAUUACGGGCAUCAUUGAUUGGGCGGAAAUGAGAAUUCUUCCUUUUGGGUUCGCACUUUGGGGACUGGAAAAUAUCCUUGGGUUUAUGGAUACUAAUGGCUGGCACUACUACGACAACCAUGCUGCCCUUCGAGCUCUCUUUUGGGAAACAUUUCGGUUUCAUGCAGUCAAUUUUACCGAAAAAGACAUGGCUUUGGUAGCCAAGGCGCGCGUACUAGGACUUUUUGUCCGGUAUGGAUUCGACACAGAAGACGAGACGGCUCUUCGUGUUGUUGAUGAAUCCGACGCUUCUACCUGGGCAUACUUGAAUGCAUUUUGCGGAUCUGAUGGGGCUAACUAGCAAAACAUAGAGUUUUAAGAAACAAUAAACUGGAAC